GUAUUGAUCGUGUUAGUUGAUCAAUUGAGUUUCUAUCUUGUAAAUUAUAUUAUAAUUGGUUAAAUUAAUUUAAAUAACAAUGGGUCGUGAAGACAAAUCUACCUGGAAAGCCAAUUACUUCACCAAAUUAAUUCAAUUAUUGGAUGAAUACCCAAAGUGUUUCAUUGUUGGUGUUGAUAAUGUCGGCUCUAAGCAGAUGCAACAGAUUAGGCAAUCACUCAGGUCAUCCGGAGUGGUGCUCAUGGGAAAAAAUACCAUGAUCAGGAAGGCUAUCCGAGGUCAUCUUGAAGCUAACCCUGCAUUAGAAAAGAUUAUGCAACAUGUCAAGGGAAAUGUAGGUUUUGUUUUCACUCGUGAUGAUUUGGUUGAGGUCCGAGACAAAAUCUUAGAAAACAAGGUUAAGGCACCAGCUCGAGCUGGAGCUAUUGCUCCUAUUGAUGUAAAGAUUCCUCCCCAGAACACUGGAUUAGGACCUGAAAAAACAUCUUUCUUCCAAGCUCUUCAAAUCCCAACCAAGAUUGCUAAGGGUACUAUCGAAAUCUUGAACGAAAUCCAUCUUAUCAAAAAGGAAGACAAAGUAGGAGCUUCAGAAGCCACACUUCUGAACAUGUUGAACAUCUCUCCUUUCACCUAUGGGCUGAUUAUUAAAAUGGUUUAUGACUCUGGAACUGUAUUUGCUCCUGAGAUUUUAGACAUUACUAAUGAAGAUUUAAUAGCCAAACUUAUGGAAGGAGUCGCGAACAUUGCAUCUCUCUCCUUAGCUAUUGGCUAUCCAACUGUAGCCUCUGUAUCACACUCAAUAGCAAACAGUUUGAAGAACUUGAUUGCUAUUUCUGUGGAAACCGACUAUACUUUCAAGGAAUCCGAAAUGGCUAAAGAAUAUUUGAAAGAUCCAUCUAAGUUUGCUGCUGCUGCCCCAGCUGCUGCUAGUGGUGCCGCUGAAACUAAGGCAGAAGCCAAGGUAGAAGAAAAGAAGGAAGAGGAGGAAGAAGAAGAUGAUGACAUGGGCUUCGGUCUUUUUGAUUAGACUCGUUUGAUCCUUUAAAUUUCUAAUAUGGAUUUAAUAAUAAAGCCUGUUAUCAAAAAUC